AUGUCUAUAUUUUAUAAAAAAUGUGCCAUUUUCUUGGUAGCAUUAUGUUUAUCAAGUAUGGUUGUCUCCAAGUCUGAAGUUUUGGUUGAAAUACCACAUGAAGUUGCUAAUCAUGGCCGAGAUACCACUCAUAACUCUGAGUGUCCAAUCGUUACAUCCAACACACUCACAUCUUAUUCAAGAAAACCAGGAGCCAAGCGUGAUAUUGAAGCAUCAUGGAAGAAAGAAUAUUAUACCACCGAGCCAAUGGAACCUGUAAACUUCAAUGGUACCUACGUUCAAUCACCAGAAGAGGAAGGGGAAGACUUUGACAUUUUUGCUGAUGGAAAAGGUGCUACUGUCUGGGCUCCUUUAUCACCACCUGCAGGAAUAUUGUAUACUAUUCGUGGCAGUGAUGAACAAAACUAUAUCUUAGGUAGAAGUCAAAAUGCCAAUAUGCGUAUCGUCAAGAAAUGCGGCAACUAUUGGUACCAAUCAAAGUUAUACUUUAAGAGUUGGAGACAAGUAAAACAAGACAACAAGUGGAACCAAAACACAAUCAAGUUGGCCGUUGGAACUGCUACUAGAACAGCCAAUACAAUCGAUAUCUCACGUCCAAUCUCCCUCGAGACCGAUAGAGAAGACUACCAUUGUCCCAAGUGA